AUUUUUCAUCUUUCUAAAUCUCUCUCAUCGCCGCCUUAGUUUACUUAUUCAGAAGCAACUCGCCGCCGCCGUGGGAUUAUUUAUUCUCUCUCUAUAAUUCUCCGGUCAUUUCGUCGGUAAGUCAUCGUUCCUUGAAUUCUUCACACCGAAGGUGGGCGGAUCGAAGGCGGCCUUGAAUAUUUAUUUAUUUUUCUAGGGUUUUCUGUUGUCUUCGGCAAUUCUCGUUGGAUUUCUGUUGCUUUGUUCUAAUUUUGUUGAGGGGUUGGGCGCUCGUUUUUUCUAAUUUUAGAUACUCUGUAGUUUCAGAUCUGUGUUUUCAAUUUUCGACGCAGAAAAAUUGGUUUGGGUUAGUUAUACUUUUCUUUUUCUAUUUUCCAUUGGCGGGGGGAUUGAUUGAAUUCAAAGAGAUAUAGUUGGGGUUUUUGCUUAAAAUCCCAACCCAAGAUAGUUCCUUUGGCUGGUUAGGGUUUGGUUUUGCCAUCUCUACGGGAAGUCGAACAGCUAUACAUUAAUGGCUGCUGGAAAGCAUGUGGGCUACAGAGACAAAGAAUUCAAGGACCGUGAAGCUGAAUUUGGAAUCUCGAAGAAGGAGAAUGGGCAAGUGAAAGGGGAUCAUCAACAACCUAGGAAUGGGAUACGGGGAUACGAGCGGAGUCAGGGCCGCGGUAGAGACAGUGUGGAUAGGGUCAGACAGAAGGAUAUCAAAGAAAGAAAUGCGGUGAAUGGUGGAUACCACUCGACUUCUAGUCGAAGUGAUUCUGGAGGUAGUGGUGGUGGCCCGAGGAAGAGUGGAGUUGCAGUGCGCACCAUAGAUCGAGAGCCUGGGGAGCUUUCUAGCGAUGGAUCUGAUGAGGCAAUUGAUUCGGAAACUCAAGCUAAUGGCGAGGCCGAGGUUAAAAUGAUGGGAAAUGGUAACCAGUUAUCUCCUGUGCAGAAUAAGAAGCGGAAAUUUUCUCCGAUUGUUUGGGAUAGAGAAGAUAGGGAGGUAAGCAAAGCAAUCAAAAGUAGGAGUACUUUGGGUAACACUAAGGUACUUCCAUCACCUCCAUUGGUCAAUUAUAAUCACAAAUCACCUAACCCAAAACAUAGUCCAGCUGGGAACUUACGUACUUUUCCUGCAGCUGAUAGUGUUAAUGUAGAAGCAGAACCAUCUUCUAAAGCUGACGUUAUACCUGGUUUUUCUGAAUUUUGUGUUGAAACAUCUUCUUUGCAUGCUGAAGAAGAACAAUCGGUGAAAAACAUGGGAGGAGAGGUGGUGUACACAGAUGAUUAUGUACAUACACGAACCAUAAUAUCAUCUCGCUGGUCUAAUAAUGUUGAUUCUCCGUCUGAUGAAGGUGAGAUUUCUGAUUAUGAAGAUGCGAGAAAACUGAAGAGGAGGUCUGGUUCCGAGUUAGCUGACGUAAGGGGAAGUAGUAAGUCUAUAAGUCCUGAAGUUGGGGAGGUCAAAAGAGAAGGUUCCGAAGGGAAUAGGGUGAUGUGCUCUGGGUCGGAUGAACGUGUUAGGUCGUCCAGUAGAGAUAGUUAUCAUGGAAAAGAUGACAAUAAUGACUGCAUGGAGAUAGAUUCUGAUCGCAAUAAUGAUGGUAAUAGUGCUAGCCAGUCGGGAUCAGAGUCUGAGGAUGAUGAUGGUCCUCCUGGUACACCAGAGACAACACAACCCCCACAAAGGAGUGUUAAUAUGCUUCAGGGUUGCAGAAGUGUUGAUGAGUUUGAGAGACUCAACAAGAUAGAUGAAGGCACUUAUGGGGUUGUCUAUAGAGCCAGGGAUAAGAAGAGUGGAGAAAUUGUUGCUCUGAAGAAGGUCAAGAUGGAGAAAGAAAGAGAAGGUUUUCCUUUGACUGCACUCCGGGAGAUAAACAUUCUUCUUUCUUUUGACCAUCCCUCCAUUGUGGAUGUCAAAGAAGUAGUUGUGGGAAGCAGUCUUGACAGCAUAUUUAUGGUCAUGGAGUACAUGGAACAUGAUCUUAAGGCGUUGAUGGAGAGCAUGAAACAGCCGUUUAGUCAAAGUGAAGUUAAAUGUCUCAUGCUCCAGCUUUUAAGAGGUGUCAAAUAUCUUCACGACAAUUGGGUGCUUCACCGAGAUUUAAAGACUUCAAAUUUGCUUCUAAAUAAUCGAGGUGAGUUGAAGAUCUGUGACUUCGGUCUGGCUCGACAAUAUGGGAGUCCACUCAAACCAUAUACUCAUUUGGUGGUUACACUAUGGUACAGGGCACCGGAGCUUCUUUUAGGAGCAAAACAAUAUUCCACAGCGAUUGAUAUGUGGUCCCUAGGAUGCAUUAUGGGUGAGCUUUUAUCAAAGGCACCAUUGUUCAAUGGGAAGACAGAGUUUGAUCAGCUGGACAAGAUAUUUAAGAUCCUUGGCACUCCAAAUGAUACAAUUUGGCCAGGAUUUUCAAAACUCCCUGGAGUCAAGGUGAACUUUGUCAAGCAUCAGUACAAUCAAUUGCGUAGGAAAUUUCCAGCAACAUCUUUUAUUGGUUCACCCGUACUUUCUGAUGCUGGAUUUGAUCUCUUGAACAAGCUUCUAACUUACGAUCCCGAUAAGCGAAUUACCGCUGAAGCGGCUCUCAACCAUGAAUGGUUCAGUGAAGUUCCGCUUCCCAAGUCUAAGGAGUUUAUGCCUACUUUUCCUGCCCAGCAUGCCCAAGACAGGCGUUUACGAAGAGUAAUGAAGAGUCCUGACCCGUUAGAAGAGCAACGAAGAAAGGAGUUACAGCAAGGCGGAUUAGGCUCUGGUGGUCUUUUUGGUCAGUAGCAUAACUGAAAUAGACAUGAUGGAGGUGAGCCCAUGGGCAGAUAAGAAGUUGCAAACAUUGUAUCGAGACUAUCAAAUUGUGUUGUUUUUUUAGCAGGCAACUUGGGUGAAUUAUUAGGUGGACAAACAUUUCUAGGCCUCUACUCGUGAAUCAUGUCGCCUUCUCUUCUUGGACUUUGCUGACAAUAGGAGUCCAUCUUUUUAUACUUCUUCCCUGAAAAAGGUGUGGGAUAAAGCACCUCCUAUUAUGGAAUUGUUUCUAAUUGUUCUGUGCAUGUAACAUAUUUCAUAACAGCCUUGUAACAUUAUUGAAUUUUAUUUGGAAUAUCACAAUAGUGUUGUACGGUCUACUUUCAUGUUCUUAGUUCUAUAGCUCUUAAUCCUUAUAUUGUGUUUGCAAGAGAUGUGGGUGUAAAGCGGACCGGCAUGCUUUGCUUUUCAGUUGAAGAAUUUGGCUGAAGUGUAGCACCAUGGAGGUAAAUAACUCUGAUCUUCUGGGUGUAACUGAGGAUUAGCAUUCAUGCCUGGUUUUAUUGUAGCUUCCCUAUCUUGGUGACACGUUUGUAUGACUUCUUUUUACGCCAGUUUACCACAGUGAAGAUAUUUUCAUCUACCCUUAGCUUUAGUUUACUGACCUUUAUGACAUUCAUCUAAGAUGUCACUGCAGUAUGCAAGCACUCGAAUUGAGGGCUACAAGUUGGCAUUAAUAGGAGUUCGAAUUAGUUUUUCAUCGACAGAUUUUCGUAUUUGUCCCGUGUUCAAGAAAGGUACACUGCCAAUCUUGUUAUUUGUCUCUUACAAACUUUCAAUAUUUUGUAAUCAAAUUUUCAGUUCAGUUUUAACUUUAUUGGUGUAUUUGCCUUCUCCCAUCUACUAUCUCUAUUGUAUAAUGUUUUAUAUGAUGAUGAAUAUCUCUGCAUUGCUGGAAAUUCCAAUUUGUGUUAAAAUUUUUGAAAACGAUCGAUUGAUUAAGCACCAAAACCUGCAUGUUCAUUAAUAUUGUCGAAAUCCCUUUUUUUUUUUUGCUUUUGUUAUGUUCUUUCACACUUGUCGUAUGUUCGCUCGUUCUGCUGCUUAAGUGAAUCCUUGUUUCAUUUUGGCUCUCAUUUGAUCAAUGUUCGGCUUGCCUGAUAAUAUGCCAAGCUAAAUCUGUACUCGUAGCAAUUUCAUUGGUUAUGUAACAUCAUAAAGAAAAUCGUGCAUUUCCCUACUUCUGGAUAACUUUAUGGAGAAAGCAAAGCGAAAGAUUGUUUGUUCCGCAGAAAAGCUGGAAAAAAAGAGAAACAGGGCCAAAAACGAGUAUUCUUCUCCUUCCCUUUUGCUUCAAUCAAAUUUCUUUUAUAUAUUCUGUCUUGAGAACACUGACGAUUAGUAAUGUGUCUUUUGGCACUUUUAAAUAUGUUGCCGUGUAAUCUUUGUUCACAUUCUGCGGAUAAUGUUGUUCGCGAUGAGGUCGCAAGAAUUGGAUUGCUGAUAACAGAAGUUGGGUGUUUUGUGUAUUUAAUUGAAGCAGAAGAACGAGGUGGACUCACGAUCCUGGAAACAUUGAGUAUUCAAUCGAUUUUACAAUGUUCUAAUGUUAUUAUGUGUAAAAAGACAUGCAUGAAAGCAAGGGUUAAAGUAAAGUAAGGCUAAAAAGAAUCCUUGGGGUUUGAUUUAUUUGAAAUGAUGGUUACUUAAUAGAUAA